CAUUCAUCGCCCUCUUUCUCCUCCGCAUUGUAUAGGUAUUCAUAAGCCUAUCCAUGGAUAUGAUAUCGAGCACUCAUAUAUUAGGUAGCUACGUCUCUCCCGCAGUCCCGUCAUCUUCCAGCUACAUACAUAUAUCCCUACCCACUUCUGGUAUAACUACUGCUAGGUACCUCUUACCCCAGAGUCCCAGAGUCCCAAGCUGCCCAGACCCCACCACCCCUUGCUGCCCUUGGUAGGUACUAUCCACGCCAUCUAAAUCCCCCUCCUUCUAUUAAUAAUACCUAGGUACCUUAACUUCGUACCUGACUACCUUACUUCGAUCUUUCUCUGUCUAAUAACCCAGGCUUCUUACCUUAUUCAUUCUUAAUCACUUUCUUUUCUGGCUUAUCGUCGCAUCGCGUUCUUUCUUAACCGGCAGCUGGUCUGUAUUUGUCUGCAUGUAUGUAAUGGCAUCAGGACUCGUCAUUCAACAACACGCGCGCGACUUUUCCGGUUCCGGUUCCGGUUCCAAAUUCGAAUCCAAAUCCGAAUCCACGGACGAGAUCACUCUCAACCCCCUCUUAAAUCUCCUUACCAACACUCUCGUCCUACACCAGACCAUCCCCUACCUUCCCAUCUCGAGCCUUCUCAACCUCUCCGCCACCUCUCCAUCUUUCCGCGAUCUUUUACUGCGCCGUACCCCCGGUGUCUUCCGACAUCUCGAUCUAACCCGAGUCAAGACAGCACAGUUCGAACUCGACGGCGGCAUCGAUCAUGGCGGUGAGGUAUGGCGCAACGUUCAGGUCGACGAAAACCUAACCGAGGAUGACUUUUACUCGGGCCCGUUACGUGGCAUCAUUCAGAAUAUCCGCCGUCGCGACAUCUUGCAUCAUGUGCAGACGCUAGUUCUCGACGGUCUCUCGGUCACAGCCGAGUUCUGUAACGACAUCCUUGUCGAUCCCACCCUUCGUGUGCGCAUUUUGUCUAUCCGCGACGUCAAGAACCUUAACGAGCGCAAGCUGAUGCAAAGCCUUCGAUAUGUCUGCCGGUCUACUCGACCAGACGAUACCCCUCGACUGAAGGGCCUAUACGUGUUUGGAGCCCGGGACUCACCUGACCUAAUCGCAUCAUCUUCGCCGGUGGAAGGACGGAACGAAACAGCUCGAGGAGGCUCCAACAUUAGCAUUGGGUGGAACCACAAAUCUCAGCAUGCAUUGAAGGAAUCAUUCCGGGCCGAAGGUGACGAUUGGUAUCACAAGAGAGGGCGCAUUAUCGGCAGGCACAUCACUGACGGCUGGGCAGAGACGCUUCUAGAUUGUCGGGAUAUGAUCAGGUUCGACGCCGUCUUAUGUACUGGACCUCGUCAUCAGAACUCGUCUGCGUUUAGAAAGAUGCCGGUCGUGCCGGGCGGAACAGCGCCAGGCGUCGAAGGUCUGUGGGGCGUCGCAACUUUCGCCCUCGGCGGGUGCGCGUCUUGCGGAUCUUCUCCCGAGGGCUUCACAGAAUACGGGGAUUCGCCGGCGGAGCACUUGCCGCUGCUGGCUCCCAUCCCGCUUCAUUCAUCGACCAUCAAGGCGGCAACUCAUCCAAACCCAACCCCAAACUCCGGACCCGGGAUAAGUAAGGAGGUGCACAAGUUUAUUCCUAGGUGCCUGGAAUGUAUUCGCGAGAGAUAUUGCUUUAGCUGCGAUCAGUGGUGGUGCGAGUCGUGCUAUCAGGUACCGAGCCGGCAGGAAUUGGGUGACCAGCACGUCCACAUCGUCGACCAGACUAAUGGCUUGUUGGAUUACGAACUGGCAGCUCUCGAGCCGUCCAAUGUCAAGAAGCCCAAAAUUAGCCGCAGUUGCUGGGAAUGCGAACACAACUGCCUUGACUGCAUCGCCAAUACCCAGAAACGGUGUAGAGGAUGCGGCGGGGGUUACUGCAUUGUUCAUUACGAAGGUUCUACGCUCACAUUCUGUGAUUGGUGCUCAAGACGCCGUGGCCGAAGAUCUCGAGAGAUGUAUUGACAUUAGUGAUCAACUGGGCUGCUAGGGUUAAUUAAGAUCAUGAUUUUCUAUCACAACUUGUUACCUGCCUUUUACAAAUGAACAGAUGCCUCAAUUAUUCGGUACCUGCGGUUUUAUGAUCGAUUGGAGGUGUUAAGGAAUCUCUACUCUUUUUUUCUUCUUCCUUUUUUUUAAAAAAAAAAGUUGUGCUUGGUUUUGGCGGUUAUAUACUAAUUUGAAGAUGGACUGCACUGCUUGCUUCAUUACAUGGAAUUUAGUACAUAUCGCGACCUCACAAUUGUUGCCCUUCACGGGUUUACAAUUUAAGAGAGCGAGAGGAUGAUACCCGACUUAGUUAUUAUGAACAAAUUAACUCCCCGUUUCUAUCAAUAAAUACCGUAGCGGCAAAGGGUGUUUCCUCAAAAUGGUUGUUUUACUGUACAAUGAUUGUAC